AUGCAAACGACAAAUUCUCAAGCGGAUCAAUGUGAUUGCGAUAAUGAUUACGGUUCACCGUUUUGCGAUGGAAUUCAAAACAAAGAUAGCGAAUGUUAUGUGAAUGGUGAUAAAUUAAAGCUAUCACCAAAAGGCAUACAUUGUGCGAAAAGUUGUGAAACAUGCUGCAAGCUGCCACGUUUUCAAUGUGAAGAUCAUGGAGUUCGCUUAAAUUGUGAUAGAAUCAAAACAAGUGGUUUAUGUAAAACCACAAAUGGAAUUCUUCUUUCAUUAUUCAGUACAGAAUGUCCUAAAACAUGUGGUCUAUGUGGUCAAGUAUGUAUCGAUAGUAAUGCAAUGAUUUGCAAUAUUUUGAAAUCAAACUGUGAAAAUGAUGAAUCAAGAAGAUUAUGUCCCAAAACGUGCAAUGUUUGUCGACCGCUAAAUAUCUGUUUCGAUACGACAGAAUAUUGCUCGUUAUUGAAAGACAGUUGCGAUGAUCCGAGAUUGAAACCGCUAAUGCAAUUAUCAUGUAAUGAAACAUGCGGUUUCUGUCAUUCAGAAUCAUCAACGAUAAAACCGUCACCAUCUGACUGCAUUGAUGCAGAUCCAAGAUGUGCUGCAUGGGCAGCUAAUGGAUUUUGCACAAAUUCAUUCUAUAAAUCAUUGCAUAAAAAAUGUUUAAAAACGUGUCGUCUGUGUUAA